AUGGCGUUGAAGGUGAACUUGAGCUGCAUCGAUUGCUUGUCCCAGGGGGCAAAUCAUAGUGUGUCUUCUCAUACCACAUCUGCCGGUGUAGCGACAACUCUUGCCGGUGUGCUCAUCUUUACCAUCGUGGUUGACAUCGUUGGGAACGUUCUUGCCAUCCUGUCCGUGUAUCGAAACAAGAAGCUCCGGAACGCAGGAAACAUCUUUGUGGUGAGCCUGUCAGUGGCAGACCUGGUGGUGGCGCUGUAUCCCUACCCUCUGGCACUGCUGGCUAUCUUCCACAAUGGCUGGACCAUGGGCUCACUGCACUGCCAGCUGAGCGGCUUUGUCAUGGGCCUGAGCGUCAUCGGCUCGGUCUUCAACAUCAUGGCCAUCGCGCUCAACCGCUACUGCUACAUCUGCCAUGGCCUGCACUACGACCGGCUCUACACCAGCCGCAAAACCUGCCUGUACCUGCUGCUCACCUGGGUGCUCACCUGCCUGGCUACCGUGCCCAACUUCCUGGUGGGCUCGCUGAGCUACGACCCGCGCAUCUACUCCUGCACCUUCACGCAGACGGCCAGCUCGUCCUACACCGUCUGCGUGGUGGUGGUGCACUUCCUGGUGCCACUGGCCGUGGUGUCCUACUGCUACCUGCGCAUCUGGAUGCUGGUCAUCCGGGUGAAGAGCCGCGUGCAGCCGCAAGACUCACGGCGGGGCCGCCCCAGCGACCUGCGCAACUUCCUCACCAUGUUCGUGGUCUUCGUGCUGUUCGCCGUCUGCUGGGCGCCCCUGAACCUCAUCGGCCUGGCUGUGGCCAUUGACCCUGUCCGGGUGGCCCCUAAAGUUCCAGAGUGGCUGUUCGUGACCAGCUAUUUCAUGGCGUACUUCAACAGCUGCCUGAACGCAGUGGUGUACGGGCUGCUGAACCAGAACUUCCGGCGAGAGUAUAAGCAGAUGCUGCUGGCGCUGUGCGCCCCGCGCACGUUGUUCAUGGACAGCUCAAAGUGCCCCACUGACUUCAAGAGCAGGCAAUCGCCGGCGGUAACCAACAACCAUAUGGAGGAGGCCCAGCUGUGAUUGGGUCAGGGGUCAGGGGUCACCACUGAAGGACUUUUAUCCUGUUUUUAUAAUGUUGCACUGGUUCUUCGUGUACCAUUGUAGAACCGUAUGCUUGUGUGUGUGUGUGUGUGUGUGUGUGUGUGUGUGUGUGUGUGU